UUUUGCUUGCUGUAGGAAAUGUCAUACGGAUUAUUGGUUGAGUUAUGAUUUUUCUUUUUUUCCUCUCCAACUAAUACUUGUAUGAUUCUUUCAUAUGAAUGUUAGAUAAUUGUGGGGGAGUAAUGUGAUAUGAACUUAUGCAUGAGCUACUCUUCCAGUGCGCUCAGAGUUUAUUUAAUUGGUCUCAUAAUCGAGGUUGCAUUUGUUUUUGUGAAACUGGGUUCUAAGAGGUCUUACAGUACCAAUUGCUUUUUGGUUCAAUUUUUAAGGCUAAGCUAUACCCUCAUUGAACUGGUGUCAGUCAUGGUGUUGUGGUGGGAUGCUGAUGCAUUGAUACUAAGUUACUAACGAUAAGGGGUGGUGGUGCACUAAAGUGCAGGUCAACAAAAUGGUCACGGCGAUGUUGGAGGUGAUCAACAAUCCCAGGUUGUAGUUGGUGUUUGAUUGGUGCUAAAGUUGACGGUGGAGCUCGGAGUUGAAUAUACCCAACUCUAAAAUCAUGCUUAUUUCUUACAUAAAAAAAUUCAUACCUAUUUCGACGACGUGGAGAGAGUGGGUGCAUUGGCCUUGGCGUCUAAUUCAGAAAGCUUGUUUUAAAUAAUUGGACACGUACUAAGGAGGAAGAAAAGAGAAGGUCAAUCUUAAUGCAAAACGCUUCACUACCAUUGUGGUUAUCGAAAUGAAAAAUGUAUAUGUAUAGGCUAUAUAGAGAGUUAUUGGGUUUCAGAUAAUGGAAAUCUUUUGUAGCAGCAAAAAGCAAUUUAUUGAGUGAAAAUAAGCUCUAUAAGUACUUGGAUUGUCAUUGUUAAGAAGCAGAGACAGAUUUAUAGAUAGGCUUGCUUGGAAUCAGAAGUUACAGAACAUGUCUCACAAUCUUAGAGCAUAUUAGUGAUGGGAUUUAUCUAAAGAUUCAUUUAUUGUCAGAAUUAUUGGUUUGAUGCGUUCUUCAUAUGGGUUACAUGUGUUGAAGACUUCCUAGUAAUCCUAAUUAUAAUAGCUACAUGAAUUUUGUCUACCUUUCCAUGAAUUUUUAAUGCAAAACUAAUAAGACUACGACUUUCACUUUUGAUUGACUGAGACUGCAGCUUGCACUUGGACUUAAUUGGAAGUAACUAACAUUUAGAAGCCUUGGCUGCUGUAUUAGCAUAUGGUAUAUGCCCUCUUCCCAUCAAAUACCUUGGUCUCCCUCUUGGUGCUAAGCAUAACACUGUAGGCAUAUGGAAUCCUGUGGUAGACAAUUUGAAAAAGGCUCACCGAGUAGAAAAGAAACUGUCUUCUAAAGCUGGUAGAUUGACGCACAUAAAGGGCAUCUUGUCAAACCUUACAGUCUAUCAAAUGUCUCUCUUUUAUAUGCCCUCCUCCCUCCUCUGGUGUCUCUAAAUUAGAGGCAAUUCAGUUUCAGUUUCUUUGGGUGACUCUCUAGAGAGCAAGAAAUUUCAUCUUCUCAAGUGGGAUGUGGUCAAAUUGCCUAAGGAAAUUGGUCUUCUUGGCAUUAGAUCUCUCAAUUCUUUCAACAAAGUUCUUCUUGGAAAAUGGUUAUGGAAAUUCUACAUCAAUAAUGAGCGCCUCUGGAGGAAAGUAAUUUUCUCAAAGUAUGGCAUUUCAAUCAAUGGAUGGACCUCCAUUCUCAGAAGGGAAUCUUAUGGCUUUAGUUUGUGGAUCUUCAUUAGAAAGUGGUGGGAAGAUCGGAUUGGUAACUUUUCUUCAAAUUUGGCGAGAGCAACACCAUAUAAUUCUUGGAUGAUCAUUGGACUGGUGAUACUUCCCUGUAAUUUCUGCUGGGUUGCACCCCCUUGGUGUUUGAAUAAAAUUCUUUUCCAAUCAAAAAAAAAAAAAAGAAAGUCUAUUUCUCAUCUGUCAAGCUUUGCAUCUGAGAGGGAAGGUCUUGUCAAGGAUUUUUUUCAGCCCAACAGGCAUUUGUUGGACUAUGAAAUGUCCAAGACGGGGAAGCUGAUUCUUUCUUUCUUGGGAUUUGCUCUAGUUGUUCUAAGGCGGAUCCUAAUAAAAUCACAAAAUAUGCUACAAGCAUUUGAGGGACAAUUGUUCUCUGUCAAUUCCUAUUGUAUAGAUCUGAUUAAGGAAAGCUGCCAUCACAGUAAUACUUACCAUGCUUGGCACUCUGUUUGGAGCUCCACAGCUCCACUACAGGUGGCUUUCUUUUGCUGGGAAGCUAUUUGGGAAAGAAUUCUGGCGAUUGUUAAACUUUUGAGAAGAGGUUUGGAGCAUUGGAUGACUGCCUUGAAUAUAGUGGUGAUAAAUUGGGUAACAAGUUGCAAUAUUGGAGAUAGAUCUGAGCAUGGAAUUCGCUUAGCCACUGAAGACCAAGAGGAAGGCUAUGCAGAUGGUUCCUAUGGCUCUAAUGUGGAUUUUAUGGAAUGAAAGGAACAAUAGCAUCUUCAACAGUAGGGAAACCUCCAUAAAUGUUGUCAAGGAAUUUUACUUUAGCACAUUGAAACUAUGGUGUUCCGGCAUUUGUAAUAAUUUUCUGGAGGCCUUCGCUCUAGCCUCCUUGUAUUUGCUCCUUUGCACCUUAUUGGUGUUUAAUAAAUUUCUUUUCCGUUCAAAA